AUGCCUUAUCCUGAUGAUGAGUCUAUUUCUUCGUCUAACAAUCGAUUGAUCAACGAGGAGUUAUCUUAUUUCCAAAAUACCAUGGAAGAUGAGUUGAAUAAUAUGUUACUACUUUUAACAGAUGAGCAACGUAAUGUUUUUUAUCAGAUUAUGGAAUCUGUUAGAACAAACAAAGGUGGUGUCUUUUUUGUUUACGGAUAUGGUGGCACCGGUAAGACCUUUCUUUGGAAGACAUUGUCGGCAGCAAUUCGAAGUAAGUCUGAAAUUGUUUUAAAUGUUGCUUCAAGCGGUAUAGCUUCUUUGCUACUUUCUGGAGGUCGAACAGCCCAUUCUCGAUUUUCCAUCCCUCUGAAUCUAAAUGAGGAUUCUCUUUGCCGCAUGAAGCCUGGAUCUGAACUUGCGUGUCUUUUAAAAAAAACACAACUUAUUAUAUGGGAUGAGGCUCCAAUGAUUCAUAAACAUGCCUUUGAAGCAUUGGAUAGAACCUUAAAAGAUAUAUUGAUGCCUGAUUGUUCAAAUAGCGAAGCUUUACCAUUUCGAGGAAAGGUAAUUGUAUUUGGUGGUGACUUUAGACAGAUUCUUCCUGUUGUUCCUAAUGGCUCUAGACAAGAUAUCGUGAAUGCUUCCCUGAGUUCGUCAUAUAUAUGGAAUAAAUGCAAGUUACUAAUGCUAACAAAAAACAUGAGGCUCACUGUUGGCAUGAAUCAUGGUGAUAUUGACAAGACAAAAGAGUUUGCUAAAUGGCUUUUGGAUAUUGGCGAGGGAAAACUUGGUGGUCGCAACGACGGAGAAGCUGUUAUUGAUAUACCUCAAGAACUGUUGAUUACUGAGUCCACUAACCCUAUUGGUAAUCUGAUCAACUUUGUGUAUCCUUCGAUACUUGAAUCGUUCAAUGAUCCAAAUUAUUUUCAGGAAAGAGCCAUACUUGCUCCUAAGAACGACGUUGUUCACGAGAUAAAUGAUACCUUAUUAGCAAUGUUUCCUGGUGAUCAUAAAGAGUAUCUAAGUUCAGAUUCCAUCUGCCAAUCUGAGAAUGUAACUGACCAUAUUCAACACAAUGUUUACCCCCCCGAUGUUCUAAAUGGUCUUAAGGUUUCCGGAAUGCCGAAUCAUAAGUUGGUUUUAAAAGUUGGUGUUCCUAUCAUGCUGUUACGUAACCUUGAUCAGAAAAAUGGUCUGUGCAAUGGUACAAGAUUACAAGUCGUAAAAUGUAACACCCUUUCACGCUUUUACUGA